AUGUUGUCCAUCCCAGAAGAGCCGCUCCUGGCCCCAAACCCUGACUGCUUCUGCAUGUUCCCCAUCGAGUACCCACAGAUCUGGGAGAUGUACAAGAAGGCGAAGCCUCCUUCUGGACAACGAAAGAAGUCGACCUCUCUCAGGACCCACCGGCUGGUUCCCGCCGCUCCGAACCGAGCCCUGUCGCCACCGGUGCUUCCAAUUUCGCAACCAAUUCCUCUAUGGAACACAAAGAACACGAGCCGAAGAAACAGCAAGAUGAUAUUCAAUCGCCACCGCCGGGGAUGGAGGAGGAAGAAGAAGGCGAAGAUCACUAUGAAAUAG